AACUACGGUUGUUCCGAGCUGAUGACAGCGGAGCGCAUCGGAGAGAGGAGCGCCAAGCUGGUGUCUUUCCUGGACCUGGCGGGCCACAGCAAGUACCAACGCACCACGCUCCACGGGCUCACGGGUUACUCCCCGCACUACGCCAUGCUGGUUAUUUCGGCAACAGCCGGUAUAACUCGCAUCACAGAAGAACACAUCGGUCUUCUGCUGGCUUUGGACAUGCCGUUCUUCGCAGUCAUCAACAAGUGUGAACUGGUUAGCAACAUCAACGCUGUUGUAGCGAGGCUGGCUCAAUUGUUGGAACCCGCUAAUAAGAAACCGCUGUUAAUAACUGACGAGAAUAUGGCAAGGAACUGCGUUGCGCCGCAAAAGUCGAUACUGGACACCAUAGACAAUCUAGACGAGGAAAUCAAAAAGGAUGAGGAGUGAGUAGCUUCACAAGCCUUUAUUUAACCCGAAGUGUUUCUGGGUGAACUCUUAUGUAUGAC